CUGCAGAGGCGCUCCUGGCGCGGGUCACCGCUGCUGCUGUGCCCCGUGGCCCGGCAGCGCGGAGCUGUCGGGAGCCCUGGCCAUGGGGCAGCCCCGGCUCUCCGCAGUGUGAGGCGCGAGGCCUCCCGCGGGCUCCCCGACAGGCCGGGGGCGGGCAGGCGGGAGGUGUCGUUCCAGCUGCGGUCGCCGCUGCCGGCCCGGGCUCCCGGCAUCAUGAAUAUAGACGUGGAGUUCCACAUCCGGCACAACUACCCCUGGAGCAAGUUGCCGGCCAACGUGAGGCAGAGUCUUGGAAAUUCACAGAGAGAAUAUGAAAAGCAGGUUGUUCUGUACAGUAUCCGCAAUCAGUUACGAUACAGAAAUAACUUAGUUAAACAUGUCAAGAAAGAUGAGCGCAAAUACUAUGAGGAGCUCCUCAAGUACAGUCGCGAUCAUCUCAUGCUGUACCCUUACCAUCUGUCAGAUAUUAUGGUAAAGGGCCUGAGGAUAACACCCUUUUCAUAUUAUACUGGGAUCAUGGAGGACAUUAUGAACAGUGAGAAAAGUUAUGAUUCGUUGCCCAAUUUUACCGCUGCUGACUGUCUAAGGCUCCUUGGCAUAGGAAGAAACCAGUACAUUGAUCUGAUGAAUCAGUGUCGGUCAUCAAAAAAAUUUUUCAGAAGGAAAACAGCCCGUGAUCUUUUGCCAGUGAAGCCGGUGGAAAUUGCCAUAGAGGCUUGGUGGGUGGUGCAGGCUGGGUAUAUCACAGAAGAUGACAUAAAGAUAUGCACUUUGCCUGAGAAAUGUGCUAUUGAUAAGAUCAUCGAUGCAGGCCCUCAGCUGUCUGGAUCACUAGAUUACAAUGUAGUACAUAGCUUAUAUAACAAAGGAUUUAUUUAUCUGGAUGUACCAAUAUCUGAUGACAGUUGUAUAGCAGUUCCUCCUCUUGAAGGUUUUGUAAUGAAUCGGGUGCAAGGUGAUUAUUUUGAAACUCUACUUUAUAAGAUAUUUGUCUCAAUAGAUGAGCAUACUAAUGUUGCAGAGCUUGCAAAUGUCCUUGAAAUAGACUUAUCUUUGGUUAAGAAUGCCGUUUCAAUGUAUUGCCGAUUGGGCUUUGCCCAUAAGAAGGGACAAGUAAUAAAUUUGGACCAGCUUCAUUCAUCGUGGAAGAAUGUUCCAUCCGUAAACAGAUUAAAGAGUACUUUAGAUCCACAAAAGAUGCUGCUCUCAUGGGAUGGUGGGGAAAGUAGGAGUCCUGUACAAGAAGCUUCAUCGGCUACUGACACAGAUACUAACAGUCAAGAAGAUCCAGCUGACACAGCCAGUGUAAGCAGUUUGAGUUUGUCCACAGGAUAUACAAAGCGUAUUGCUUUUCUCUUUGACUCAACUCUCACUGCCUUUUUAAUGAUGGGAAAUCUUUCACCAAACUUGAAAAGCCAUGCUGUCACAAUGUUCGAAGUUGGCAAACUGUCAGAUGAGUCUCUGGACAGCUUUCUUAUAGAACUAGAAAAGGUUCAGAGCACUGGUGAAGGAGAAGCACAGAGAUAUUUUGAUCAUGCACUUACUCUGAGAAACACAAUAUUGUUUCUGCGUCAUAAUAAAGAUCUAGUUGCACAAACUGCACAGCCAGACCAGCCCAAUUAUGGUUUUCCUCUGGAUCUCUUACGCUGUGAAAGCCUUCUUGGUUUGGACCCUGCAACUUGUAGCAGAGUUCUGAACAAAAAUUACACACUACUCGUCUCCAUGGCUCCUCUCACCAACGAAAUCCGGCCUGUGAGCAGCUGCACCCCUCAGCACAUUGGACCAGCUAUCCCAGAAGUCAGUUCUGUCUGGUUUAAACUAUACAUUUAUUACAUCACCGGGCAAGGACCACCAUCUCUUUUACUGUCCAAAGGUACAAGACUUCGAAAACUGCCAGAUAUAUUCCAGGGUUAUGAUCGAUUACUAAUAACAUCUUGGGGUCAUGACCCAGGGGUAGUCCCUACGUCCAACGUGCUCACGAUGCUGAAUGAUGCUUUAACACAUUCGGCAGUUUUGAUUCAGGGACAUGGUUUGCAUGGGAUAGGAGAAACUGUCCACAUACCUUUUCCAUUUGAUGAAACAGAACUACAAGGAGAGUUCACUCGCGUCAACAUGAGUGUUCAUAAAGCCUUGCAGAUAUUAAGGAACAGAGUGGAUCUGCAGCAUUUUUGUGGCUAUGUCACCGUGUUGAAUGCUUCGAGCCGCCUUGCACGCAGAAAGCUCAGUGACGCUUCUGAUGAGAGAGGAGACCCUGAUUUGGCUUCUGGCUCAGAUGUAAAUGGGAGCACAGAGUCAUUUGAAAUGGUCAUUGAGGAAGCAACUCUAGACUCGGCAACAAAACACAACUCUGCUGCCACAACAGAAGCGGAUUGGGUUCCUCUUGAGCUGUGCUUUGGAAUUCCAUUGUUUAGUUCUGAAUUAAACCGGAAAGUUUGUAGAAAAAUUGCGACACACGGCCUUUGCAGAAAAGAGAGCCUUCAGAACCUCUUACAUUCCAGUAGAAAACUCUCUCUACAAGUCCUUAACUUUGUCCACUCAUUCCAGGAAGGUGCUUCCACACUGGAUGUUCACACAGAGGCCAGCUUUUCCAGUGUGCCUUCACAGUCCUCCUGUGCCGACACGGGAGUUCCGCUUCCUGCAAAGAACUUAAUAUUUAAAGAUGGUGUCUUAUCAGAGUGGAGUGGACGGUCACCUUCCUCACUUCUUGUUGCUAAUCUCCAUUUGCAAUAAUUUCGUUCCACCAUGCAUUGCUCACACUUUCUGCCUUUUUUUUUCUUAACGUAGCUUUAUAGUGCCCGCCACUAAGAAGCACCCUGCUGCUACAGUGCACUUCAUGCUUAACUGAUGUGAAGAGAUUGGGGAACAUGUUCAUGUUUUCUAAAGUUUUCCUCAUUAUUGCACUUCCUAAUGCAACAAAGAGCUUUUUAGCAGCCUGCACCGUAUUUUUUACCUUGAGACAAUCUGCAUUUCUUUUAUAAAACUGAGGAUAUACUUUAUAGGCUUUAUGAUGACUGUUACGUUUAUAAGCAGUCACUAUGAAUAUUGCAGUGGUAAUUUUAUAUGUUAGUUUAUCAAACAUAAAUCUUGUUUAAUUUUAUAUUUUGUUACCUACUCUUUAGGGGAUCACAGGAAGAGGUGGAACUCUUCCCCUGAAAAGGCUUCUUGGUACUUAAAAGUAGCAAAACUAUAAAACAAUAAACAUCCAGUUUUGAGAGAUGAUAUGAUGGGGCAUUAAGAAUUUCUGUGGAUGUCUGUAAAUUAUGUAUAUGAGUUGAACAUUGUUGAAGGUAUGUAAAUCAGCAUAGUUAUGUAUAACUUAACCUUGAUUUAUAAGGUCUUAACUCAGACUCUGACUAUACAUUGACAUCUCAUGAGAAGCUUUGGAAAACAUUCUAUUUUUAAACAACAUUUAUAUGUGGACUUCUGUCGUCACUCACUUUGGGCUUUAUAUUUUCAUAGAGUCUUUAUGGAAAAAUAGAAUUUGUUUUCCACUGUUGUAACUGUGGCUGCUGCACGUUUUUACCCACAUUUAUUUUUUGUUUAGUAGCUUUACCAAUGAAUUGUUAUGAAAUCGAAUUUGGUGUUUAAAAACCAAGGAUUGUGAUUUUAGGUUAGAAUUACAUAUUUAGAGGCAUUAAGGCUAUAUGUCUUCUGAUCAAAACACUUGGUGAUAAACCUACUUUGAAGACAUUCUUAGGCAAUCUGGACCUUAAAUUUAUGUGAAUAGUUUUGGAGGGACUGAUAAAGAAAAAUUGAGCAAUUUCAAAAUGUUUCUCGACUCAUUAAUUCUUUUAGAUCUCAAAUGUUAAUUAGAAUAAUUGGAAUCACUUUCUAGAUUUUUUAAGUUACCUUCCUUGGGAGGUUUGUGCAGUGUUCUAGUUUAGUGUAGCUCUUCUCAUAGGAUAACGGUUUGCUUGUUUAAAACUGUAACCAAACUAACUGGUCAAACAACAUAUAUCUAAAAACACUUAAAGCAUUAGAAAAUUUGGGAAUGUUAUAACCUAAACAUUUUUGCUGAUAAUUUUUGGUCAUUUAUAGAACUGAUAUUUGUGUAUUUAACAUACUUCUGGAAAUAUAUGCCUUUCUUAAAACUGUUAACAUAACCAUGCAUUCAAUACCAUGGCCUACCUAUAGAAUCGAAUAUCUUGGAGCAGGUUACCUGUGGCACACGGUCAGUGCUGUGUUUGGGGUAAGUGCAGUAACGUUUAGUUUUCUACUUUGUCUUAUAUGAGGUAGAAAUCAAGUGUAUGUUAUAAAUGUUUGUCUAUAAAAGGAAAAAUACAUACUAAUAUUAAAAUAAUUUCUUAUGACUGUGAAUCACUCAUUUAUUUUUCCAAUAAUUGAUAUUGUACAUUCCUAGUGCUAUUAGGUAUGUAUGUAACUUACAGUUUUUCAACUGAAAGUUGUAAGUAUUUCAUUUGAUCAGGGCUCUUUAAUCUCAUUUUCAUUUGCUUUGUUUAUAUUAACUGUAGUUAUUUUAUUUAUUCCUGUAUUAACAAUCUAAGCCUACUGUAAUGACAUGUACACUAAUAAAGAAUCGAAUAAUUUGUAGUUGUUGGCAGUGAACCCAGUUGGUGGUUAAUUGAAAACUUAAAAUAUGGGAGUGAUUUGCUGCUAUAUUACCUUUGAGAGAAUAGAGGAAGAAAUAGAACCUAACAGUGAUCAUGAAUUUUAGGGAAAAUACUGGAAAACAUGUGGACAACUCUGAUUUCUCCGGUGAAUGGAGAAAGUUCUGAUUCCCAGCUGGAAACCUCUCAUAUGUUUAAGGAGGGAGAAUCUGCUUUGUAGAGCUGUUAGUAAAAUGUGAAAGCUGCUUUUGUGCUUUGCUUUAUGAACUUGGCUUUGUUUCAUUCAUAUGUUAACUCACGUAAAGAUGUAUCUCCUAAAUCUUACAAGUUUUGAUCCAGUUCAGCAACAUGUUAAAUUUUAAAUACAGACUUUAUUAUUUGCCAAAGAAGACUUAAGAAAGAAUUCUAAAGUAAUUUCAUUUGGCUUUGUGCUACCUCCCCAUUCGAUUCCCCCCUUAAUGUAGCUUAAACCAUGGGAAACGUUCUUUAGAAACCAAGAGAAAACGAAGUCACAGAGGACAUAGAGUUUAGCAUGGUCCAGAUUAACCUCUCAGGUGGGUCUAAAGAAAUACAACUUUAUGUCAUUUACAAACAUACCAGGUUUUCUUGAUUCCUUUCUUUCUUUCAUUUUAAGUAUGUAAUCAGAUGAUUUUGUAUUUGUUUUUUGGGGGGCAAUAUCACUUUUCUUUUACUUGAUGUAUUCAAUAUUCUCUGCCAUUCAUGUUUCUAUUUUAUGUUCAGUGUUUCAAAUACAGUUUGUAUUUAUAGAUCUUGAAGUACCAAAACUGUAAGUGAGUACAGUGGACUGUUUUCUGGUAUGAUGUUAAUAUUAUACAACAAAAUGUAUAAAGUGUUGUCAAUUUGAUUAUUGACACCUUAUAAUAUGUUUACAAUAAACUGUGGUGUUGAUCAAAUUACUGUGGACAUGUGUAUAUAAUCUGUAAGUCCCUUUCUCAGUAUUAAAUACAGCACCUCAAUACUAAAUGCUUUCAGUGCUGUGGCUUUCCUACGUGUUUUUUUAAUGACCUUUUUACUUUAGAAUAAUUUCAGAUUUAUAGGAAAGUUGCAGAGAGUCCAGAGAUGUUUCUUCUACCCUUCCCCACGCUUCCCUUAAAGUUAACACCUUGUGUAAACUAUGGCAUUUAUUUGUCAAAAUUCAGAAAUUAACCUUGGGACAGUUCUGUUAACUAUGUCUACUACGGACUUUAUUUGGUUUCUGUUUUCCACUAAUGUCUUUCUGCUGUUCUAGGAGCAGUCCAGGACACCACACUGCAUUCAUUUAUUUAGUCGUUAAUGCCUCCUUUGUCUCUUCCAGUCUGUGACAGUUAGUCUUUCAAGACCUUGACACUGUGAACAGUACUGAUUGGUUAUUUUGUACAGUGAUCCUUAAUGUGGGUUUGUCGGACGUUUUCUUGUGAGUAGAUUUGAGGUUAUGCUUUAUCAGGAAGGAGAGCACAGAGUUGAUGUGCCCUUCUACACUGUAUAAUAUCAAGUACAUGAUGUUAGUAGGUAUUACCGGUGAUAGUCCUUCAUUGGCUAGGUUGGUGCCCACUAGGUCUUUCGACUGUAUUUUUUCACUUUCUGUACUUUUUUUUCCUUUGGAAGUGAAUUACUAAAUCUAGCCCACAGUCAAGAGGAGGGGACAGUGUAUAUAUUAUUUAGCAUUUUUCUUAAAGAAAAUUUGUUCCUCUUUCCUAUUCAUUUGAUACUUUGUAUUAAUAUGUGAUUGUGGCAGUUUAUUUUCUGCUUUAGAUUAAAAUCUAAUACCGUUGUAA